UCAUUCGUGCACUCGAUGGUGUUGGCAAAGUCCCGUCAAAGAAGGUGAAUUCAGACCACAUCAAGAUGGUGGCUGAUUUAGAUUUCUUUGGGGGGUAUCCAUGAGGAAAAAAGUCGUUUGGGAUGACAUUGAGCUAGUUGAAAAAGAAGAUUGAUUUGACCAAGAAAAAAAAGCAUUUGUGAAGAAGAAUAAUGCACCGUACGCAUUAUGUGUCUUUCCCUGGGCGUUUUUGGUACUUAUAAUCUACCAUCUUAUUGAUUUAUUAUAGGCUCUUGCCUAUUUAUAUAAUAAUACAUAGACCUUGUAGAUUUACUUAUGCUUAUAUUGAUUGCAGGUUUGGAUAUAUGAGGCCUUUACUCAUCUGGGAAGGUACGCCAGUAGUUGUUGGAUACUUCUUUGCCUAUUUCCUGUCUUCUUAGAUGGCACACGUUGAAGUGUGACAACAUAAUGGAAGGUGACCUAUUUAAGUACAAAGGAAACAGUUCCAAGAUUGUGCACCUGUACCUUACCCCUACCAUCGGUAAGAUGGAGCAGAGAUAUAUGAAAAUAUUUAAGCCAUACACGUACAAAGUUAAGGAUUCGUCCAUCGAUGCUUUGAAGGUAAACAUAAGAGGUGUGACUCUCCUAACUUCAUCAGCAGAGGUCGCGGAUGAAGAUAAAGAUUUGGGUAGUCACAAUUAUGUUUCAAGUCCAGCACGUGCUUAUGAUCAUGCUGGUUCAAGUGGACUCAAAAAUACACUCAACUCUUUAAUGAUAAUGACCUACGUGAGCAUGUUGCUGUGAUCGAGAAAUAUGUUCUGGAUAUUUCUUAUUUUGUUAGAGAUGAGAGGUUGAAAAGAAUCGAGAAGAAUAAGAAGAAGCAUCAAGAUGAAGGUAAACUAAUUUAUUUUUUGUUCUUCCUAUUUAAUUUUCUUGCAUAAUUUUGUAAUCUUUUCAAAACAAAGUAGUGCAUCUCGAUAGUCCCCCUCAUAGCCAGCAUCAAGUAAACCUUAAAGAGCUUGUAAUCGUAGUGACUGACAUUGCUGCAGUAGAUGAAAAAGCUAAAGAAGAGAAGAAAGAAGAAGAAACGGAAGAGGAAAAGGUAGCAGAUGAAGAAGAUGCUAAAGAAGAAGAAAAAUAAAAAAAUGAGGCAAGGACAGCUGAAGAAGAAGUAAAAAAUAAGGAGAAAACAGAAGAAGAAAAGAAAAAUUAGAAGAUUUGAUGAAGGAGUGGCUGAAUAGGAGGACAAAAAUAUUGAAGAAAAGAAGAAAUUAGAAGAAGAAGAAGAAGAAGAAGAAGAAGAAGAAGAAGAAGAAGAAGAAAAGAAAGAACAUAAGAAGUAAGAAGUAGAAGAAGAGGAGAAAAAACAUAAGGAAAAUGAAGUAGAUGUGAUGGGCAUUGUUAAGGAACUCAAUGAUGAUAACAUGU